GAGGAGUCUUGAGGCCGGACGCGCUCCUCUAUUGAUCACUUAAGGUAAUGGACUCCAGGUGGACAUAAAACAGCGUUAUUGUGCCCACGACUCUUUAUCCUCCAAUGCCUGGGAACGCGAGGCAAAGACGCAGCCGCCAACGACUCCCGCUGAAGGACACCCGAAGGAGUGGAUGUGUGGAAGCCAGGCGGCAGUGGCUGUGGCGGCGGCGGCGACGUCAGCCUCGUCAGAAAUAUGAAGUGAUUCCGGUGGUUCGUGGCCGAGCGGCCACUCCGGCGGGCGGCUAAUGGGGCGUGAGAGGCCUGCCGCCCACCGCCCAAAACUUCCCGCCGGUGUAUAUAACGAGGCCACUAAGGAUGGCGGGAGACGCAUUACUCUCGCUCCGUCUAGGGCACUGUGUAUAAAAUUGUCUUGCGAGGGAGGGAGGGAGUCAGGGAGGGAGGAAGUGACGGAGGGCAGGACGCGGGACUCCGAAGGUCGCGCCGAUCCCCGAGAUUUCGUCCUUCCCUCGCCUCAAAUGCCGACCUGGUUAUGAACACCCAAGUACGUGAUUUCCGUCCCUUUCCAUUAGGAAUAAACUUCAAUAUAGAGGUGGUUUUACAUGCUGGUGAAGCGAUAGUGGUGGCUCGCCCGGGGAUGUGUCGCGCGCCCCCAUUGGCCAGCGGGUGAGGGCCAGGCUCCUCCCCGCGCCGGCUGCCCCGCCCCUGCGACGCGCCGGAGAUGAGCGUAAGACGUUUCUUCUGCCGAGAUUCAUUCGCGGCCGGGACCUGGGAGGACGCGGCGACUGUCCUUCCGUGUCCUGUGUACCCCGAGCCCCGCCUCCCUCCGGCCCCACGCCUCUUCGCCGGGAGGAGCCCCACUGAGGGCCACGCCGCCAUCCGAGACGCAUCGGACGCGUGCAGUGCCGCGAUAAACCUUGACUAGGAUAGUGGAUGUGAGUGCCAAGACAGUGCCAGUGACAGUAACACUUUCCGGGCAGACGCAUCAGCCACAGCAGCAGCGACACUACUAGCAGGAGGGAGACGCUCCGGCCAUGACUUCCCUCCUCUUCCCUCCUCCCCAAGACAACUUAGUCCCGGGUGAGGAAGGCGACCGCUCCUUCCGUGACCUGUGUGACCUGAGCGAGGCGGACUCUGAGGGAGGCUCCGUGUCGCCUCGUGGGCCUCUCUCCUCUCCUCACGCCCCUCGAGGUUCACCCACACCCACCAACACGCCCGACGCCCACGAUCUCAACAUGAACGCCGCGGGGGCGGCCGCCGAGCUCAGUGCCGCCGCUGAGAGGUUCAUCACGCAGCAGCUGUCCGCGGUGCCGCCCGAGCUUGAGCUGCGCCCCUCCAGCACGGGCGUGGGCGUUGGCGUGUGGUCCAAGCAGAGCAUCUCCCGCGGCACCCGCUACGGCCCCUUCCUCGGAAAAUGGACAGCCAACGCCAAGGACCCCAGUCUGGCCUGGGAGGUGGUGUCUGCGAGGUCGGGACUCCGCGGGUGGCUGGACGCAGGGGAGAUGGGGAACUGGCUGAGGCACAUCCGCGUUGCCUCAGCCCCCGUCUAUGGCAACCUGAGGCACCUGUUGCUGGCCGGGCAGAUAUUCUACGAGACACUGAGGGACGUGCCGCCGAUGGAAGAACUACUGCUGGUGCGGAAGGCUAUCAUCGACUUGGAUACUUCGACCAUGGCAGAAGACUCAGUGCGCGUGGGGUCACCCGAGGAACGCUCAGAGAAUACAGGGGACGAUGACGACGAUGAGGACGAGGACGAUGACAUAGCACGCUUCCGGUGCCUCCAGUGUGACAAAAACUUCGCCAGUUAUGAUGAGAUCGACCCUCACCUAGACCUUCCCCGUCCUCCUCCCUCCCGCAGGUUGGACGAACACUUGGUCACAGCGCAUGGGUACGCCGCCGGCCAGUACCGCUGCGACUACUGCCCGAGAGCCUUCGCCUGGCGCCCUAACCUCAUCCAGCACAAGACUCUUCACGGGGAGUACAAGAGGUACCCGUGUGAGAACUGCCCGAGAGUGUUCACCGACGCCAUGGUCCUGCAGAAGCACAUCCGUAACCAGCACGCAGGGGCACGCUCGCACGCUUGCCCGGAGUGUGGCAAGACCUUCGCCACCAGCUCUGGCCUGAAGCAGCACACCCAUAUCCACUCCUCCGUCAAGCCCUUCCAGUGUGAGGUGUGCUUUAAGGCGUACACACAGUUCAGCAAUCUGUGUCGCCACAAACGCAUGCACGCUGACUGUCGGCUACAGAUCAAGUGUACCAAGUGUGGGCAAGCCUUCUCCACGGUCACCUCGCUCGCCAAACACAAGAGAUUCUGCGACACGGCGCCCUCCCUCUCCCUGCCCCACGGCACGCCCUCCCUUCAGGACAACAAGCUUUCCCAUCAAGGUCUCCACAUGGGCAACCUUUCUGCGUCACCGCCAAACCCUUUCAUGAUGUACCCUCGCCCGCCGCUGCCUCUCCUGCCGCCCUCACUCAUGUCUGGCUACCCGAUGCUCCCCUCCAUCCCCUCCCUCGUCGGGGGUCCCCAGCAUCCUCUCCUCACCUCUUCCCUCCUGCUGCCUUUCCAAAACCAAGGCGCCAGGGAUCAUUCCUACCCAGCACCCAAGGACGAGAAGGAAUCCAGCGACUUUGGAAGCCACAUGUCUCCAAGACCUGAUCCUUCUGAGUCUCCAGCGAGAGAGGCCGCCUGUCUCACCCCGCAGCCUCCGCGCUCUCCUUCUCGCUCCCCGAAGCAGGCCUCGGUGUUCCCGAUGAAGGAGUCGCCACGCAGCUCAGAGUCGAGGGAACUGUCAGACGAGCACAGAGACUCCCCGGAAUCUCGGCGACGCUCGCCAACGCCUCUCAAGAAGGAAGAGGGGGAGGAAGUGAAGGGCCCGACGGAGAAGAAAGAACAGCCGCUGGACUUGACUCUCCGGCGCAAGGAGGGCGAGCGGGACGAACUCUUCCUCGGCAGGUUUGAUAUUCUGUCCCACAACAGUGAUGCCGCCGAGGAGAGACUCCGCUCCUCCGCGCCGCCCGAGAUCAUCAAAUCAGUACCAGAGCCUCGCCCUCGCCAAGACCACCCCUUCCUGCGCAUCAGCGAGUUAUUGAAGGACACCACCACCACCUCCGUCGCCCCUGCCCCUCCUCAGCCACCUACUUUACUGGACGCGCCUACCAAGCUACCCUUGGCUUACCCCCGCCCCCUCCACCCCGCGGCGCUCCUCGAUGUGUAUCGUAACCUGGACCGCAGCUUAGAUCGGAGUCCGCUGCUUCCCGGUGGCGGCCUGACAGCGGGGCGCUAUCCGCUCCUGCCGCCCUACUUUCCGCCCACGAGCAUGGCGGGCUUGGGUCUUGGUCUCAACCGCAAUGCAGGACUCGACAUGUUGAAGGCGCACAUGUCCAGUACGGCGCGGCCCUACGGGGAUAUCAGCCGCCCGUAUGACCUGAUGGCAUCACACAUGCCCCGCGCCAAGGACCGCUACUCGUGUAAGUUCUGCGGGAAGGUAUUCCCGCGCUCCGCCAACCUGACGCGCCACCUGCGCACCCACACGGGCGAGCAGCCCUACAAGUGCAAGUACUGUGAGCGCUCGUUCAGCAUCUCGUCCAACCUGCAGCGCCACGUGCGGAACAUCCACAACAAGGAAAAGCCCUUCAAGUGUCCGCUGUGUGACCGCUGCUUCGGCCAGCAGACAAACCUGGACCGACACCUCAAGAAGCACGAGCUGGAGGGACCCAACCCGCCGGACUCGCCGGAGGCGCCAGACUCCAGCAGCGCUGGGGUCGACACCUCCACUAACUUCUUCAGCGACGAGAUCCGGUCCUUCGUGGACAAGGUGACAGACUCCACCACAGACGACAUGCUGGGAGACGACGAGCCGAUGGACGAUGACGACGGCAUGAAAGACCCCGUCACUGUCACCACCUCCAGCGACAGCACCAGCGCGGCGGCCGAGACCACGAUGAAGCGGCUGCACGUGGAGUAGUGGCGGGCGUGGGGGCGUCUUUAUGUGAACAGGAGCAUGUACAUAGGGGCGUGGGCGUCCCUCACGCCAUCACACGGGUUUCUGAUGGGAGAAUGAGGGAAGCCUGACACUGACAUCCAAACGGAACUUCAUCCCUGGAGGCGAGGCGCAUGAGAGGUGAGUGAGUGUGGGGCGCCACCUGGACCUGCACGCCGCCCUCAAGGUGAGCUGAGCCGGGCAGGUGUGGGUGGCUGGUGCAGGUGUGUGUGGUGCAGGUGCAUGCGGCUGGGAAAUCUGUGUGACUGGUGCAGGUGUGUUAGGCUUGGAAAGGUGUGUGUUUGACUUAGAUGAGUGUGUGCAUACUGCUAUUACAGCUGUGUGUGUGUGUGUGUGUGUGUGUGGGAUGGGUUUGUUUGUCUGUGCGCGUGCGUGUGUGUGUGUGUGUGUGUGUGUGUGUGUGUGUGUGUGUGUGUGUGUGUGUGUGUGUGUGUGUGUGUUGGUUUGUGUUUGUGUGUGUGUGUGUGUGUGUGUGUGUGUGUGUGUGUGUGUGUGUGUGUGUGUGUGUGUGUGUGUGUGUGUGUGUGUGUGUGUGUGUAGCGGGUUCCCGGUGUUCUGGGCAUGUACUUUGUGUCAUAUUCUUAAUGGAGUCUGUUAGCGUAACUGGGACAUCUCCACAGAUUUUAUAGGUUUUCCAUGUUUGUCUUUUUUUUUCUGCCUCUUGUGAAUCUUACGUCAGCGCAGCAUGAUAGGCGGCAGACAUUUGGUGUGAAGUUUUGUGCAAUGGAGUAACCGUAUUAAUUUUUAACUUAUGCCCUGUAGUAUUGUAGCUGUAAAUAACCCGUUGAUAAAUUAUAUUUUGUUAAUAAAAAAGCUGAACUGUU